UGUGGGAGUUGGUCAUUGAGGGCUCUCAGCACGCAGGUGCAGGUUUCUUGGCAGCUGGAGCGCCGAGCGAGGACCGGAGGAAGACGCAUGCGCGCGCCCCGUGUUCACAAGCUUGUGUGUCUCUAUCUGCAGAGCUCCAGGACAGUGGCUGAGGACAAGGAGCAGAGCCUGAACCCUUGGGCCUGGGGGCCCGAGGUGGGUCUAGUCAGAGGUGACCAUGGAGAAAGGGGCAGAGGCCAGAGACUCUGCCUUCCCCCGAGGAACAAAUGGAGACCAGCCAGAGGAGCCCACAACCUCUGGCCUCCCAGUGGCUCCCAGCUUCCUGACAUCACUGACCUUCCAGGAUGUGGCUGUGGCUUUCAGCCAGGACGAGUGGAGACACCUGUGCCCAGCUCAGAAGUGCCUGUACCGGGAGGUGAUGCUGGAGAACUAUGGGCACCUACUCUUCCUGGGGCUGCCGGUUGCCAAGCCAGAGCUGAUCACCCAGCUGGAGUGUGGGGAAGGCCCGUGGGUGCUGCUGGAGGAAGAGCCGAGAAGCCCUGGCACAGAAUUUGAAACUAGGCUGGAGACCCAGAAGACAUUUCAAAAGAAAGGCAUUUCUGUGGAAGAAUCAUACAAGGAAGGACUUAAAAAGGUUGGUCCUUGGGACUCUAAGCCUGGAGAAACUUGCAGUUGUGGUAUCAAGUUUGAUAGACAUCAGAACAACAAGGAGAGAGAUUUGAAUCCAGGAAGUGUUACUCAGGAAAAAAUUCCUAAUGAGGCAAGAAAACAUGAAUGUAACAAAUUUCAGAAAAAUUUCAGUUCACAUUUAGCCUUUGGUUUACACAGGAAUGUGUUUUCCAAAAAGAGGCUCUCUAAGCCUCUUUCACAUGAUACAUGUGGAAAUAACAUCAAGCCAUCUGUAGACCUGAGUAGUCAUAAUGGAAUCUCAGGAAAGAACUUUCACAAGGACAAUGAAUGUGAUAAAGCCUUUAGUGACUGCACAAACCUUAUCCAGGAUCACAAAAUAACUACUAAAGUAAAAUCUUAUAUAUGUAUUGGAUUUGGCAGAGCUUCCCAUCAGAGGCAGUGCCUUACUCAACAUCCCAGAAGUCAUCCUGCAGGGAAACCUUACACCUGUAGAGAUUGUGGAAGAAACUCCAGGCAGCUGACACACCAUAUUCCAUAUCAGGAAAUUCAUGAUGGUAAAAAACCCUGCGAUUGUAGUGACUAUGGGAAUUCCUCAAGCAAUAGUUCAUCUCUUAUUCUGUGUCACAUAAUUCAUAGUGGACAGAAAUUCUAUGAAUGUCACAAAUGUGGGAAGCUCUUCAACAAUCACACGAAUCUUUUUGGACACCAGCAAAUUCACUCUGGAGAAAAACCUUAUGCAUGUAGUAAAUGUGGAAAAGCUUUCAAACAGAGGGGAAACCUUGCUGAACAUCAGAAGAGUCAUACUGGAGAGAAACCAUAUAAAUGUAAUGUAUGUGAAAAAGCUUUCAGCCAACAAGGACAACUUACUGAACAUCAGCGAAUUCAUAAUGGAGACAAACCCCAUAAAUGUAGUGAAUGUGGAAAAUCCUUCAUUCAGAGACGAUGUCUAAUUGAACAUCACAGAGUACAUAGUGGAGAGAAACCCUAUCAAUGUUAUGAAUGUGGGAAGUUUUUCACUAGUAAUUCAGGCCUUAUUGUACAUCAGAUAAUUCAUACUGGAGAAAAACCUUAUAAUUGUAACAUAUGUAAGAAAUCAUUUAGCCGGAGAGGAGGCCUUUCUCGACAUCAGAAAAUUCAUAAUGGAGAUAAACCCUAUAAAUGUAAUGAUUGCGGAAAAGAUUUCUCCCAGAGGGGAAACCUUACACAACAUCAGAGAAUACAUACUGGAGAAAAACCAUAUAAAUGUAAAUUAUGUGGGAAAGCCUUCAGUCGUCUGCAAGGCCUCACUAAACAUCUGAAAAUUCAUUCUGGAGAAAGACCAUAUAAAUGUAGUGAGUGUGGAAAAACUUUUACCCAGAGUGGAAUCCUUAAUGAACAUCAGAAGAUUCAUUCUGGAGAAAAACCUUACAAAUGUAACAUUUGUGGAAAAGCCUUCAGUCAUCCACGAACUCUCACUGAUCAUCACAGAAUUCAUUCUGGAGAGAAACCACACAAGUGUAGUGAAUGUGGAAAAGCUUUCACACAAAGAGGAAGCCUUACUGUACAUCAAAGAAUUCAUAGUGGAGAAAAGCCAAAAUGCAAUAUAUGUGACAAAGACUUUAGUCAUCCACGAAGCCUCACUAAACACCUCAAAAUUCAUUCUGGAGAGAAACCUUAUAAAUGCAAUGAAUGUGGAAAAGCCUUCACCCAGAGGGGAUCCCUUACUGAACAUCAGAAAAUUCAUUCUGGGGAAAAACCCUAUAAAUGCAGUGAAUGUGGAAAAGCUUUCCUCAGAAGGGGAAAACUUAAUGAACAUCAGAAAAUUCAUACUGGGGAGAGACCACACAAAUGUAGUAUAUGUGAAAAAGCCUUUAUCCAGAGACAUUGCCUUACUGAACAUCAAAGAAUUCACUCUGGAGAGAAACCAUAUAAAUGUAGGGAAUGUGGGAGAGCUUUCACCCAGAGGGGAAAUCUUACUGAACAUCAGAAAAUUCAUACUGGAGAAAGACCCUAUAAAUGUAAUAUAUGUGAAAAGGCCUUUAGCCAGAGGGGAGACCUUUUUCGGCAUCAGAAAAUUCAUACUGGAGAGAAACCCUACAAGUGUGAAUGUGGAAAAGCUUUUAGCCGGAGAUUGUAUCUUACUCAGCAUCGAAUCAUUCAUGGUAGGGAGAAAUCUUGUAAUAAUGCCUGUAGUAUCUAAUAUUUUUAUAGUGCCUUAAGUUUUGUACUGUGCUUUAUAUAAAUUAUCUCAUUUGAUCCUUAUGAAGGUACUACGUGUUAUAAGGUUAACCCUUUACCCAGUGUAUAUCCUAUGUACAAUUCUUAUUCACCAUCAGGAAACUAAUACCAAAAAGAAAUCCUAAAAAUUUAAGGUAGACAUCCAUCCCUGUACAUUAAAACACGUUGCCUUUUUUUCCCAUUAAAACACUCUAGUAGUGGAUGUGUUGGAAGGGCUUGGGGAAGAGAGAGGAGAGAGAAUAGAGAGAAGGAACAAAAUAGUUAUCAGUCACUCAAAAAAAUAUAAAUGGUAAAAGAGGUAUGAAAAGCCAAUGAGGAAAAGAAUGUUUUGAAAAACUAAAUUGACCAAAUGGAAAAGGUGGUACAAAAGCUCUC